GUCUAGAACGCACUCUCUCUUUUCAAACUUCUCUCUCUUUCUCUCUCUCUCUUCCUCUCUCUGUUCUGUGCUGUGGAGUUCUUCCAAUCAAAGAUGGCGCUUGAUCAGGAGACGACGACGGUCAGGGAACUCAAACCAAAGAGCAGAAGAAUCAUGGGGGCGGGCGGUCCGGACGACGAGGCGCGGUGGCCUCAAUGGCUGAAGCCGAUGCUGAGGGCGCCCUUCUUCGUGCAAUGCAAGCGGCACGCCGACUCCCACAAGAGCGAGUGCAACAUGUACUGCCUCGACUGUAUGAACGGUGCGCUCUGCUCCCUCUGCCUCGCCCACCACCACAAGGACCACCGUGCGAUUCAGAUAAGGAGGUCAUCCUACCACGACGUGAUUCGGGUCUCGGAGAUCCAAAAGUUUUUGGACAUAUCCGGGGUCCAGACGUACGUCAUAAACAGCGCCCGAGUAGUCUUCCUGAACGAACGACCCCAGCCGAGGCCCGGUAAGGGCGUUACCAACACCUGCGAGGUUUGCGAGAGGGGCCUUCUUGAUAACUUCCGGUUUUGCUCCCUCGGAUGCAAGAUAGCUGGAACAUCAAAGGGUCGUCUCCUUAAGUUGCAGAACGAGUCGGUCUCGGACUCGGAAGGGUCUUGCACAAACACGGGAAGCAGUUGGAAGAGCACACCCAGCUUCUCACCGCCCACACCGCCUCCAACCACUGUCAGCUACAGGACGACUAAGAGGAGGAAAGGGGUUCCUCACAGAUCACCGAUGGGGAGCAUUUUCUUUUGACGAGGAGAAGAAAAUAAACUGGCUACACUCAAGAUGCGCACACAUUGUUCAUCCCACUAGCAUAUGUAAGAGCGUGUUUGAAGCAGGACGUCCAUCGUCGCUGUCUCACUCACAGAUCCCCACAAGGAAAUAGGGAAAAAGUAUAAAUUAAGAUAAAAUAAUAAGGGCAGAUACGUAAACUAAGAGAGGUAUGAGGUAGAGGAAAAUGAUAAGUGUAUCAGUAUCUGUAAGCUUAUUAGAUAUGUAAAUAUUGCUGGAGGUGUUAGGUAUAGAGUUUGUAGUGGUGAAAAAUUAACGAAUAAUACUAUAUUUGGUAUA